CACCUCUUCAUAUGUGCUCUGUUUGGUUAGCGACCACCGGCAAACCGCAGCUGCACAACCAUGGGUUCAUUAAAAGAUAUUUGAGUGAAUAACGCCGUGUAAACACAAAUAAACUAGUGGCCGAAACCUUUUUUGUUUCAUUUUGUCGCCAUGUCUUACAGAAAGCGCAAAAGACACUACAAGGAUAUAAAGUGUGUUUUCUUUCCGGAUGAAAACGGUUUGCAAAAAGUCGGGGCAGCAUCUCUUUCAUCUGUGUCUUCCGCCAAGAGCUGGGAGAAGUGUGGAGACAGUUUCCUGGACACUCCGGUGAUAAAGAACCUCAAGUCAUCAGGAAGGAAAGUGUCUGACAUAAGAAAGUUAUCACAGUCCUCUGCAUUAGUGCCGACCGGUGCCGACUGUAAUGAAGACCCAGUGCACAUUGCGUGGAGCUCCAGUGACGGUGAACAGUCUGAUGAUGAGACCCAGAAGCAGCAUCUGUCCAGAGUUGUCUCUCAGCAGCAACAGCGUCCUCAGAGACCAGGGAGACCCACGGCUCCCAUUCAGUCUUACACCAGAGCUCUGCGCAUGCUCAGGACUGAUAAAGAUGACCUUCCUGUUAUUGACACAGACAGUGACCUGGAUGAGUCUGAGGAAGAUGCUGAAAAGGACAGUGGGCAACAAAUCUCUGACUGCGAGUCAGAGUCCUUUGAUGACAAACCGGAAGAUUUACCUUUUAAACCUACAAAUAUGACUGAGCUGGAGAUCUCAGGCUACGUGUCUGACGGCGAGAAUAAUAGCCACACAGUGACAUCGAGCAGACUCGAGAGCUUUCCUCUCCAAACUGGUGAGGGCAGCAAAAGGUCAGUCAGUGACUGGGUCAGAUCUGCUCAGGCGAUGCUGCAGACACCUCAGAAACCGCUCGCUAGGCAGUCCAAGACUCCUGAAGACUCUGCCAAGAAGAAAAGGAAAUUUGAAAGCGGAGGUCUUGCUGAGAGGCUGAAUCGACUCCAGUGCAGACAGAGGUCAGCUGUUAGCUUCUGGAGGCACAAGUCCAUCUCUGACACCUCAACGACAACAGUGGACAGGCCUGGCGUACUAGUGCUGGAGGUGCUGGAGGUUCAAGAGGAGUGCAGCAUGCAACUGGCGCUCUGUGAGCACCACCAGCCCCCCGGAGAGGGUCACCAACACAAUGACCCUGUCUCUGAGGAGAGAGCUCGUAUGCUGGUGUUAUUCAACAGAGAGACUGCAGCCCAGCUGAUCCCCGCACCCAGAGACAUCAUCCACAUAUACCCACCAUGGCAAAGUCUUUCCAUAGAGGGUGUCAGCUAUGAUAUUAUUCUGAACACACACUUCAGCCAGAAAGUCUACUCUGCUUCCAAACAAGCCAACACGUCCACUCCUAGAGGCCUGCACUCAGCAGAGAGGUGCAAUGCGUAUUCUCUGUGUAAAACGUUUGGACUGCUAGAGGUAUGCAGGACCACAGAGGAGAACAAUGCCAAACAGGUUGCUGCCUCCGAUGCUCUGUACAGUUUCGGAGGUUCUUCAGGAGUUUUCACACGACACUGCCUUUCUCUCCUGGAAGCUAUCGAGGGACUGGGCCAAGCUGGCGCUGUAGGGCAGGACGUUGAAGUGGUGGUUCAGAGAGUUUACUCAAUCCCUGUGCCUGACAGCUCUCCCAUGUCCAUCCUUAAGCCUAGACUUCACUCCAGGUCCUCCUCAGCGCCUCCUCCUGCAGAAAAAGGCAAAACCAGGCUCUGUGUCCUUGUCCAGGACAGCUACGGGAUGUUCAGUGUGGUCCAGCUCCACCUCCUGCCUUGCAAGGACGACCUCCGGCAUUACUGUCACAUGUGGCAGGGGAGGACUUGUGUGCUGAGAGGCAUUAAAGUGGUGCAGCGGGUCACUCGAGAAAGGCACACCAGGCUUUUCAGCUUGAUAGACAGUCUGUGGCCUCCAGUGAUGCCUCUUAAAGAUCAUGGAUCAACGCCCUGUAUGUCCACUGAAAGUAGACCUGCAGGUCCAGCUCCGAGUUUCUGCUACCUGCUGUCUGGUCAGGAGAGCUCGGUUGAACCCGCUGAGGUGUCGCAGCUUUACCUUCCUCCCACAACACAAACCUUGCGAGACAUGCUGCAGAGUGAGCUUAAAACCUGUCGCUGCAGUUUUGUUGCCACUGUUGUAUACAAGAGAAUAAUGCAGAGCAGUGAUGUAGGCCAGGGUGAGGUUUGGUUGGUGCUGACAGACCCUAGUCUUCAGGAGGAGCAGCCCGAUAGACCUUGCAGGCGAACAGUGGCCCUGUGUGUGAAUACUUCCUGUGUGCUCACUUCCGCUGUCCUCGAAGCACUAAAUUCCCCUGCUGCCUGUUGUGUGUCAUUCAGAGAUGCCAUCAAAGAACAUGGUGUUCUCCUUUGUGUGGAGCAGUCGGUUGUUCAGAUAUGCUCUGUAGAUCCUGAAGGCAACCUUGAGCUCUCAGCCAAGCCAGAGUCACGUUCACAGUCGCUGGCUGAGCCUCAGGCAAAGACCCUGCCCCAACCUGUGAGACUGGAUCCACUGAGUCCUGAGAUCACGCCCAACUCCCUCUGCUCUCUCACAGGAGUGAUAGUUGGUGUGGAUGAAAACACUGCUUAUUGCUGGCCUGCCUGCAACCACUGUGGAAGUGACAGCUUAGAGAAGUUAGCUGAAAGGCCCGAAAACUUCCACUGUGUUUCGUGUAAGUCAGUGGUGGACAAGCCGAACACAAGGAUUCAACUGGAAGUGUUCCUGAGUUCCCCAUUAAGUAACUGCACUGUGAAGGUUAAGCUGCAGCAAAAGACAAUCAUGUCCAUCCUGAACGCUGCAGCACUGGAGGGUAAUGAGUUCCCAGGUUACGAUGUGGAGAAUGUCCUGGGAAAAGAGGUGGGUCCCCUCGCCGUUUACGCCCGAGUCGUCACCAGGAAACCUGCCCUCUGGAUCGGCCUGGAAGAAAUCUGCCUCUGAGGCUCUCAGGGCAAGUAGCUAAUGAUAUCAAUCCUCAGGCUUCAGCUGGCUCCAAGGAUCUGCACACUAGGCCUUGGUCUCCCCCGCCCCCCCCUCCCUCUGAAGGCCUCCCUGACAGCUUGAGGCUGUGCCGAAGUGAAUGGGA